CCCUAGUACGUAAACCUUAGCGAUCGAUCGAGAUGGCUGCUGAUCGCAACGGCGCGUGACGCUUGGACCUCGGCAGGGUGAUAGACGUGAAGCGGAGGAUCAGCUCGAACUUGGGCGUCGAGGUGGGGAGGCUAACUCUGUACGUGAUGCCCCGGUGGACGAAGAUGGAGGACCACCGGACGGUGGCUUCUUACGGCAUCAGAGCGGGAGAAACGGCGUUGCUGGAUUUGCAGAUCGAACCGAUCGGCGUGAUGGUGCAUUUCGUGGGCACCCCGAAUUCGAGCUACCCGAUCGAGUACGAUGAAAGGGUUGCCACUGUGAAGAGGUUGAUUGUGGCGCAGCUGAAGAAAACCGGGGUGGAGGAUAUCGGCCCCGAGGAUAUGGAGCUGCGGUUGGGUGAUGUGAAACUUGACAAUCCUCGGGCGGCGCUUCGGGAUUACGGUGUGGAGAACGCGAGUGUGAUCCUCGUCAGUACCGCCAAGGAGAUUUUUCUUCCACGACGUCCUACCGCUAGUGCUCUGUGAUGAUUAGAGUAAGAGUACAUUAAGUUAUGUAUGGAUGGGAUAUGUAGCUAGCUAGCCGCUACUAAUUAAUUAGAGUAUAUUAAGUUAUGUUCGGAGGUUGUAAGUCAUGUUGCUUCAUGUUUUUUCCCCCUCUCUCUCAUUAUAAUCUAUGUCAUAGUAUAAGAAAAAUAAUCUCAAAAGUUGUUUUGUUGCAUUGUUGCUCUAUUGAGAUUUCAGACUAAAAAUGAAAUUUGUUGGCAUGGCCGCAUGAGUAUAAUCAGUGGAGAUCCAGAUGCAAAUAAUAUAUGGUAGUCUUAAUAGAAGUGUAAUUGAGAAACUAUAUGAGGGGUUUAAUUAUAUUUUGUUACUCUAGCAAAUUUACAUUAUGGUGCGUUUGGAUAGGUGUAUCUCAAAUGUAAGUUAUUUGAAAUACAUGUAAUUUAAAUUCGUUGUUUGGAUACUCAUUUCUAUUUUGUUUGUAUUUUAAAUAUCAUCAUUUUUUUAUUUUAAUUUGAAGCUUUUUUGUCACUUACUACAAAUUUUGAUAAAUUACAGUUUGGUACCCAAAUUUAUUUUUUCUCAAUAUUUAGAGCCUAAAACUUUUAAAAUUUUACAAAAAGUUCCUUAAAUUUUGAUGGUAAAAUUACAUUUUGGUACCUUUAUUUGUUUUGCUUCACACUAUGUUACCUACACUUUUUAUAUUUUACAAAUAGGUCCAAUUUUUUGUUAGAAAGUAUUUCAAAUCACUAGUUGUUUAAAUGUAUUUGAAGUUGACAAGUAAUACACUAGACAUGUAUUUGAAAAUCAACCCAUGAAUUUGGCACAAAUCCAAACAAUAAAUAUAAUUAAUAUCCAAACACAUUAUUUGAUAUUUAGAAAUCUAAAUCACAAAUACCAAAUACAAAUUAUUCUAUCUAUACACGUCCUAUAAGAAUUGAUUGGAAGCUAAUAUAAGUUGUUUUGUUUCUAAAGCUAAUCAAUAUCUCCGCCGUAGCAAUCUGGCAAUUUCUAUUAUUUGAAAUCCGGGUUUAAUUCCCGGCAGCGGUAUUAUUUUUAAUUCUUACAAUCAAUCUACACAAUAUAUUAUGCACUUCACUCCAUGUUAUUGUUGCCACCUUGCACUUUGAUUGGUUCUCCUUAUUUGGUGGAAGGGCAACUUUGACAAUUUUUCAAACACUCAAGGGUCACUCAUUAUUAUUGGACUUUUGGUUUUCUUUUUAGUAAAUGCAAUUAUGAUUAAGGAAAAAGAAGAUUUGUUUAAGGUAAAUUCUACAUAAUAAUUAUUUGAAUUUUGCUCUGUGUAGAUUUAUUUUGUGUGGUUAAGGAAAAAACAGAGGUUAUCUAAAGUUGUUUAACUCCUAAAUGAGAUAAUGCUUGUGAAUUGGAUUUUGAGAUGAUAAAGAUGAUAUAUCGUUGUGGCGUGGAUGUUUGGGAAGAGGUUCCUUCGGAAUAGCUUUUUGCGCAUUAGGGUUUUACGUUAAACAGAUAAACCAAGCAUCAACCUUCAAAAGUUUUAGAAUCUUAAUUUCACAGUGAUUUCGGCAAACAUGAAGAGGAAGAAAGACGGGAAAUCUUGGCAAAAUACAAUCAAUUUAUAUUGUUUUAAAUUCUUUUAAUUUUCAAAUUAGCAUGUCUAAUUUUUACAUUAAAUUUUGAAAGGUAAGAUCGCAUGUUUAGUCGUAGGUUAAACAAUAAUUCGAUCAAUAUCGUACCGACUCGAUAUUUGUGUCGAAUGAGAUCAAACAAAAAAAAUCAAUUUUUUUACUCUAUGUAAUUUCUUAAAGUCGAGAUAGUUUUUCUUAGAAAAUUAUUAAACGUAAAAUAUGGUCCAAUGGAAUAACGUAAAUGCUUCUUCAACCUAACUACGUUGUUAUUUACAUCCGAAUAGUUCCAUUAACGAUUAAAAAAUAGUUGUAUAAUGAUAAACCAUUAAUCAUGAGUCGUUGAAAUUUUUCAUCCAACAACCGCUCCUCUUUUGAAAAUAUAGGACAUAGUCAAUA